GUUAGGAAAUUGCGCAGACGGGAGCGUGGCGCUGCAUCGAAUGCCUACAGGUGUUCAUCAUCAAUUGGUAACUGUCCCAUACCGAGUUUGGAGGUUUGUCCUCCCACAUACUACAGGUCGUACUCUGGUCUUUGUAACAAUGUAGCACAACCGGAAUGGGGUACAAGUCACACAGCACUUUCCCGAAUACUGAAACCUGUUUAUGCCGACGGUUUCCAUCCCACCGUGACGUCGCUGUUUCCGCACUGGAUGCAGUUCAUCUCUUCUGACAUGCUGAAUAUGGUGGAGACGCAAGCGUUGAUUGACGGUGAGGAGUCUUCGGUCUGUUUACAAGCUAGUAUUUACACUCGAGCAUACCCCGGAUCAAUGUCAUACCUGACGGUAGCGUCAUCUAAUGGUUCCAGUCCCGAACGGGCCAAGCAGAUGCGCAGCUUCUCACAAGGUCUACUUCGAACAUACUCCAGCGCCGGUGAACUUCCUCAAGUCGAUUCGACCAUCAAAUGUCAGAUUGAAGGACGAUGCAUGCUAUCUGGUUCUGAUGACGCCAAUAUUCUACCUGGCGUAACCGCUUUGCACGCUGUCUUCAUUAAGCAACACAAUCGAAUCGCUCGGCUGCUGAAGGAACAAAAUCGUCACUGGCCAGACUCGCGACUUUUCGAGGAGGCUCGACGUGUGGUCAGUGCCCAACUGCAGCACAUCACCUACAACGAGUUCCUACCGAUUAUGCUCGGACGAGAAAAUAUCAAGUUAGUCUUCAACAACCCAAGCAAGCUAUACGAAGUGCGCGGUGUGGAGUCGAUCUUGAGACAUCUACUUUCGACUACCAUCGCUAAACCGGCGUUGAGAGUGAACGACGAGGUAAAGGAUGAGUUCCUGAAAGACCAGUAUCUGCUCGGCUUAGAUUUGAUAGCGAUCGCCUUGAAACGGGGACGAGAUCACGGCGUUCCUGGCUACACAGCCGUCCGUGCCCAGUGCGGUCUAGGAAAGGUGCGAUCAUUCCAUGAACUGAAGGAGUAUUUCAUAGACGACCCCAAGGUGGAGUACAUCAACACUAUCUACGAGAACGUGGAUGACAUCGAUUUGUUGGUAGGCGUGCUAGCAGAACAACCAAUCAAAGGUGCUCUGUUCGGUCCCACCAUGGCAUGCAUCACGGGAAGCAGUUCCAACGGACACGACGAGGUGAUCGAUUCUGGUAUGAGAACUAUUUCGCACAGUCGGGCUUCAACGAGAAACAACUGA